CCUCUCCAAGGUAGGUAUUUCGCGUUCGACAGUGCCUUGGGGCAGGCUGCAGGCCUGAGAAGGACGCUGUGCACGCGUUUUUAGCGGGUCGGGCAAUCCCUGCCGGUCGGCCAAGAUACCGCCCUGGCCACUAAAAGUCAGAUAUCGACGAAUCUGGUGUCGCCAUGGGGUCCUCACCUCCAGCGGCGGCUGGACCACUUUUGGAUUCUCGGACUCGACAUGAUGCUGCAAUGCCAAAUGGCAGCCGCAUUUCCAAAGACCAACCACGCAGCCUCACAGACGAGCAUGCUCUAGGCAUGAAUACUUCACGUCCGACUACUUCGCCUGCCGCUGCCGUCGUGAACCGGUCCUCUGAUCCUGAUCCUGUUCCUGACCCAGCAGCUCGACACAAACCGAAUCCAGAUCGCCCCAGUGGCAGCAACGGCCCCAGCAGCAAAUCCGGCAAACCUCGCGGCCGGUCGAUCGAACCGCCCUCUUCCUCCUCCCAGCCUGCUCCUCGCCAUCGCCAUCCGUCGAGACAUCGCAGCCCGGACCGCUCUGGCCGCUCUUCGCGUCUCCCCCAUCCCCAUCGCUCCAGAGGCUCCCCACGCAGCCGUAGAGAUCGCUCCCGCGAGCCUCGUGGUCGCGACGGCCACUUUUCCCCGGACCGACGCCAUCGAAGUCCUGGCCCGCCGAGAGGCAGAGGGGACGCCGCCCACGAACGUGGCCAGAACGUCGAUCACGGGAAACAACACUCACAACCUCCUCCACACCCGGCCCGCGCCUCUCAACGUGCUUCUUCGAGGUCACCAGGCUCGAGCAAGCGCAGACGUAGUCGAACCCCAUCGCCAGGUGGACCGGAGUCUAAAAGGUCACGACGUGCCCGGAGCCCUCGAAGAGGAGAAAGGGACGACGUAAAUUCCGUGCAACCUCCAAGGGACCGCCGCAGGUCGCCAUUUGACAGGAGGCCAUCUCGUUCCCCAAAUCAUCACGAGCGGCGACGCUCCAGAGACAGGAAACGGUCGGGCCGAUCUCGAUCCCCAGAUCGCUCUCGAAGGCGGAAAUCACGGUCACCAGACCGGGGAGUUUUUGACCAAGCUUCGGAACGUGUACGCCGAAGGAGUCCAUCUCCACGGCAUCGUGGUCGCUCAGACCGGCCAGAUCGUCCUGAACGUCGGCAUCAGUCAAGGUCACGUUCUCGGACCCCUCCCCAUCACGAAAACAGACACCCCGCUUCCGACGCAGGUUCGCGCAGACGGCCAAGUCCCGACCCGGACUCACGUGAGCCUUACGACCAUCCCCAAGGCUCUCCACGGGACCGGCGACGCUCCAAAUCCAGCAAAAAGGGCAAAAGCCGUGACGAUCAAAAGUUUGAUCCUGCAUCUGGCGUAAAUAGUAUCGAGGUUAACAUGGCUGCGAGGAAUGGCUACCGAGGGGGUUAUGGCGCCCCGAUGCCCCCUGGGUACACAGAAACACAUGAUGGCCGAAACUAUUCACACUCUUCGGGACAUGCAACCCCCAACUCAUCCUUCCAUGGCUCGCCUCCCGCCCAAUCUCCUUAUGGUGCCGGACGAGGGUGGAACAAUCCGCAAUUUUCACCACAAAGUCAGUAUGGAUAUCCGCAUGGCAAUUACGGCCCCCCUACCGGGCCGCAAGCACACUACCACUCGAAUCAAGGGCAUUCGCCACCGUAUCCUCCAACCGGCCCAGCGGCCCAAUACCCAACAGGUCCGUAUCGCAGUGGGCAUCGGGCUGCAUCUGGUGGAUUUCGCGGUGGCUCAUUCGGUGUCCCUCGCGGAGGCCAUCGAGGUGGCUCUAAAGGUGCACAAUGGAGUCCCAACGCUCACAAUGCCUCUGGUCGAGGCCAGUACACAACAACAACAACCGAAAACAAUUCCGCCCAUCCCCAGAAUAGCGCGGCCCCCAGCAAGCACGCUGAUUCUGGCCAAAACACUCAGGAGGGGGCAAGAGAGGAUGUUAACAACUCUUCCAGACCCGCUAAAGACUCUCAAGGCGAUGAUACCAACAAGUCAGGCAAAGAGAAGGAGGAGCAAAUGCAGCCUCCUACCCGCCCAGCCGCUGGUUCACAGUCUCAGCCCUCAAACAAGUUCAGUUUUAGUAUGAAGAACGCAACAAAGCCAGCAGUAGCGGCUCCACGGCCGGAAAUAUCUCUCAAGUUCAAUGCCGUCGUUCCGCCACGGGAACCUUCGCAAAAGCAACCUCCCAAAGCGCCCGCUGCUGCUCCGCCGACGGCGCCAUCUGCCCACAGAUCCAAUCGGGACCGUCAUGACCUCCCCAAAAAUGUGCCCACGGAACCGGCAUCUGCUAGGGCUCGUCACAAUGAUCGCAGAGGGCCGGACCAGCACAGGCCGGUAGAUAGCCACAGACCGGCGGAACAGCAAAAGCCUAGGACACGAAUUGUAAAGAAGAUUGUCAAGAAGCUCAAGGAGAAGCCGGCUCUUCCGCCGGACUUGGCAAAGUCAAAGUCAGUAUAUCACAGAAAGCCAGGGAAUGAAUCUGUCAUCGGUUCCGGUACGUAUGGAAAGGUGUUCAAAGCCCUCAAUGUGUAUACGAAAAAACAAGUGGCCCUCAAGAGGAUACGAAUGGAGGGAGAAAGGGAUGGCUUCCCUGUGACAGCGGUGCGAGAGAUCAAGCUGCUCCGGUCUUUAAGCCAUAAGAACAUCGUCAAGCUCAUGGAAGUGAUGGUUGAGAUGAACGAGUGCUUCAUGGUAUUCGAGUACCUGUCACACGAUCUCACAGGUCUCAUUAACCAUCCCAAUUACACUCUGGACCCGGCUCAGAAGAAGCAUUUGGCUCUGCAGUUGUUCGAGGGUUUGGACUAUCUUCACACCAGGGGCGUCCUGCAUCGAGACAUCAAAGCAGCCAAUAUCCUGGUCAGCAACGAGGGUGUCCUCAAACUUGCCGAUUUUGGCUUGGCUCGGUUCUAUGCCAAACAUCACCAACUCGACUACACGAACCGUGUGAUCACCAUCUGGUACAGGUCACCGGAACUACUCCUAGGAGAGACACAGUACGGACCCGCUGUGGAUAUCUGGAGCGCUGCUUGCGUGAUGAUGGAAAUAUUUACAAAGCGUGCCAUUUUCCCUGGUGAUGGUAGCGAGAUCAACCAGCUGGACAAGAUCCACUCUGUUUUGGGCACACCGACCAGAAACGACUGGCCAAACAUCAUUGAAAUGCCUUGGUUCGAACUGCUACGGCCAACUCAGCGGCGAGCAAAUGUUUUUGCUGAAAAGUACAAAGAGCUGGUGACACCUGCCGCGUUUGAGCUACUCCUCUGGAUGUUCAAAUACGACCCCGAUAAACGGCCCAGCGCUGCCGAAGUAUUGGCGCAUCCUUACUUCACCACCGAAGAACCAGCUCCGCGACAAGCAGUCGAGCUCAAGGAUAUUGAUGGUGAAUGGCAUGAAUUCGAAUCCAAGGCUCUCCGGAAAGAGAAUGAGAGGAAGGAAAGGGAAGCACGGCGGGCUGUCAAGGAGGGGGCACCAACAACAACCGCUGCACCAAGUGGUGGUGGCGGUAGCUCUUCGGCUCGCGAUAAGGAUCGUGACCCUAGAAAGCGCCCUGCCGAAACUCGAGAACCACCACCAUCAGAGCGCGACUCCAAACGUCCGCACUUGGACCCAAAUGCUGCCACCAAACCAUCAACAACGACAUCAUCAUCAGCUUCCCACCAGCAGCAGCAGGAGCGGCAGCGGCAGCGAGAGCCCGAACGGUCAUCAGUACCCACCAGGCCCAGGGACCAACAACAACAACAGGAACAGCAGCAACCUCGGCCAUCAGCAUCAUCUUCAUCACAAUUACCACCGCCAACGGCACCGGCGCAGGCACAGUCAAGGGCACCUACAAAUGCCCCAUCCGGGCCGGCAGCAAGUCAAAGUCAUAACUAGGAGAACAUGACUUAUUAUGAGAAGAUUAUGUGGCAGAAUCGUUACCCUGGCCU